AUGGUCCGCCUGGGCAGGCUCCUGCGGCUCCUGACUCUGAUGAAGUUGCCCUGCUGCCUGCUGGAGUUCCUGCUCUCGGAGGCGGCCCAGGGGCAGGAGAUGUACGCGCCCCACUCCAUCCGUCUGGAGGGGGACAUCACCCUGGGCGGCCUCUUCCCCGUCCACGCCAAGGGGCCCCCGGGCGUGCCCUGCGGGGACAUCAAGAAGGAGAACGGCAUCCACAGGCUGGAGGCGAUGCUUUACGCCCUGGACCAGAUCAACAGCGACCCGGACCUGCUGCCCAAUGUCACGCUGGGCGCACGCAUCCUGGACACCUGCUCCCGAGACACCUACGCGCUGGAGCAGUCCCUCACCUUCGUCCAGGCUCUCAUCCAGAAGGACACCUCCGACGUGAGGUGCACCAACGGGGAGCCGCCCGUGUUCGUCAAGCCGGAAAAAGUAGUUGGAGUGAUCGGGGCGUCGGGAAGUUCGGUGUCCAUUAUGGUGGCGAACGUGUUGACAGUAAGCCAGAUCCCACAAAUCAGUUAUGCCUCAACUGCACCAGAGUUGAGUGAUGACAGGCGCUAUGAUUUCUUCUCACGUGUGGUUCCACCAGAUUCCUUCCAAGCACAAGCAAUGGUGGACAUUGUGAAAGCUUUGGGAUGGAAUUAUGUGUCCACUUUGGCAUCUGAAGGGAAUUAUGGAGAAAAAGGAGUCGAGUCCUUCAUGCAAAUUUCCAGAGAGGCAGGUGGGCUCUGCAUUGCUCAGUCCCUGAAAAUCCCCCAGGAUCGCAAGGACAAGACCAUCGACUUUGAUAAAAUUAUCAAGCAGCUCCUAGAAACUCCCAAUGCCAGGGCCAUCGUUAUUUUUGCCAGUGAUGAGGACAUAAAGCAAAUCCUUGCGGCCGCUAAGAGGGCAGAUCAAGUCGGUCAUUUCCUAUGGGUGGGCUCGGACACGUGGGGCUCCAAGGUGAGCCCGUUACUUCAGCACAUCCUGCCCAAGCGAGCGACCAUAGAGGGGUUCGAUGCCUACUUUACCUCCCGCACCCUGGAGAACAACAGAAGGAACGUGUGGUUUGCAGAGUACUGGGAAGAGAACUUCAACUGCAAGUUAACCAUCAGUGGGUCAAAGAAGGAGGACACAGACCGUAAAUGCACAGGACAGGAGAGAAUUGGCAAAGACUCCCACUAUGAGCAGGAGGGGAAGGUCCAGUUUGUGAUCGAUGCUGUGUACGCCAUGGCACACGCGCUCCACCACAUGAACAAGGACCUCUGUGCCGACUACCCGGGGGUCUGCCCCGAGAUGGAGCACGCGGGAGGCAAAAAGCUGCUCAAGUACAUACGCAGCGUUAACUUCAACGGCAGUGCUGGCACUCCAGUGAUGUUCAACAAAAAUGGCGAUGCACCGGGGCGCUACGACAUCUUCCAGUACCACACCACCAACACCAGCACCCCAGGCUACCGCCUCAUCGGCCAGUGGACAGAUGACCUCCAGCUUAACAUUGAUGAAAUGCAGUGGGGCAAAGGAGUGCGUGAAGUCCCGUCCUCGGUCUGCAGCCUGCCUUGCAAGCCAGGAGAGAGGAAGAAGAUGGUGAAGGGGAUGCCGUGCUGCUGGCACUGUGAGCUCUGCGAUGGCUAUCAGUACCAGGCUGACGAGGUGACUUGUCUGCUCUGCUCAUACAACGAGCGGCCCAACGAGAACCGAACGGGAUGCCGCUCGAUACCCAUCGUCAAGCUGGAGUGGCACUCACCCUGGGCUGUGAUACCUGUCUUCUUGGCUAUGCUGGGAAUUAUUGCCACCAUUUUUGUCAUGGCAACGUUCAUCAGAUAUAACGACACUCCCAUUGUCCGGGCUUCUGGGAGGGAACUCAGCUACGUCCUGUUAACAGGGAUAUUUCUGUGCUACAUAAUCACGUUUCUGAUGAUCGCCAAACCAAACGUUGCCGUGUGCUCCUUCCGGCGUAUCUUCUUGGGCUUGGGGAUGUGCAUCAGCUAUGCAGCCCUUUUAACUAAAACAAACCGCAUCUACCGCAUAUUUGAACAGGGCAAAAAGUCAGUGACAGCACCUAGGCUUAUAAGCCCCACAUCACAGCUGGCGAUCACGUCGAGUUUGAUAUCUGUUCAGCUUCUAGGUGUCUUUAUUUGGUUUGCAGUUGACCCACCCAACAUCAUCAUAGAUUAUGAUGAACAGAAAACUAUGAACCCUGAUCAAGCCAGAGGAGUUCUCAAAUGUGACAUUACGGAUCUACAAAUCAUUUGCUCCUUGGGUUAUAGCAUUCUUCUAAUGGUUACGUGUACUGUGUAUGCCAUCAAGACUCGGGGUGUCCCAGAGAAUUUUAAUGAAGCUAAACCCAUUGGAUUCACUAUGUACACUACCUGUAUAGUAUGGCUUGCCUUCAUUCCAAUAUUUUUUGGCACUGCCCAGUCAGCCGAAAAGCUCUACAUACAAACUACCACACUUACAAUAUCCAUGAACUUAAGUGCUUCAGUGGCCCUGGGGAUGCUUUACAUGCCGAAGGUGUACAUCAUCAUCUUCCACCCUGAGCUAAACGUCCAGAAGCGGAAACGCAGCUUCAAGGCUGUGGUCACAGCAGCAACCAUGUCGUCACGGCUCUCGCACAAACCCAGCGACAGGCCCAACGGCGAAGCCAAAACGGAGCUGUGUGAGAACGUAGACCCAAACAACUGCAUACCACCAGUAAGAAAGAGGGUUCAAAAAUCUGUUACUUGGUACACUCUUCCACCUACUGUAUAG